CGCUGGGGCGCGGGUUCGGCGCCAGCCCCGGCUUCAGCCGAGGCCCGGCGCAGCCAUGGCCAAGGUGUCGGUGCUGAACGUGACGGUGCUGGAGAACCCGAGCCCUUUCUACAGCCCCUUCCGGUUCGAGAUCAGCUUCGAGUGCAACGAGGCCCUGGCAGACGACCUGGAGUGGAGAGUCACCUAUGUGGGCUCAGCUGAGAGCGAGGAGUUCGACCAGGUCCUUGACUCUGUGCUGGUCGGGCCUGUGCCUGCCGGGAGACACACGUUCCUCUUCCAGGCCGAUGCCCCCAACCCAUCCCUCAUCCCCAAGCUGGAUGCCGUGGGCGUCACUGUGGUCCUCCUCACCUGCAUCUACCACGAACAGGAGUUUAUCCGCGUGGGUUACUACGUCAACAACGAGUAUCCCAGCCCCGAGCUGCAGGAGAACCCACCCCCCACGCCUGACUUCUCCCAGCUCCAGCGGAACAUCUUGACCUCGAACCCUCGGGUGACCCGUUUCCAUAUCAACUGGGACAGCCCCGCAGACCACUUGGACAGCGCCGAGAGCCGGGAUCUGACCCUGGCCUCUAGCCCCAUCAAGGGCCCAGGACCCCCCAGCUGCAUCUCCAGCCUCCUGACAGAAAACUCCAUGGACUGCAUCUAGCUGUUGGGACCCCGGCGCUAGCUGGGCGCACCCAG